CUUGGAAAACAACUUCUCUGAGAUCAUCAAGAAACGAUUCAAAACCAUCAAGAGUCAUCAAAACGAAAAAAAGUCAUCAAAAAUGUUGCACAGCACUCUUCCGAGGGCAUUCUUGCCACCAGGAAUGAGCUACUUCGCUAGCUACUACGGGGACCAGGUUCAUCCCUACGCAGCAUCAUCGUACGUGACUCUGGGAGCUGAAGAACCUUACUCAAGAAUCGAGAAUCCACAUUUUAUAUCUUCUUGGGAGGUCAACUCACGCUCUUCCACACCGUGUCCACUUGAUCUUUCUCUGAAACCAGGAAAUCCGGGUAGUUCCAGAACUGACGAGUGUGAAUCUAUCGAGGUGGAUGAUGAGGAAGACAGAAGGAGUCGUGAGGAAGUUCAGAGACACCUGGAUCUUCAGCGAAGCAAGUAUCUUCUUAUCGAAAAGGAGGAGGAACUCGUUGUUGAUGAUCUCGAGAGUCAUCAACUCAGUCCUGGAUACGACCAGAGGAAGAAGGACCCGAUGGACCAUGACAUCAGGUCACCCUAUCACAUCGAGAAGAGUCCGAAACUUCUUCUGAGUCCACGUCUUCAAAACAUUCCGCAGAGUUACCGUCAGCAACAGCUUCUCCUGACACCUCAAAAUCAGUUACAAAGUUUGCACUCUCCAAUCACUCCACCAAGCACACCUUCUCCACUCCAGUGUCCAAGAAGAAGACUCCGCGAAGAAGAUAAUCUGUCACCUUCAUCAACUCCGAAAAACAAUCCCGAGAAACAAAUUGUUAGACCGAAGAAGAAACACGCAAGAAGGUUGAAGUUUGACGAAGACACGAGUAGUCCCGUUUCUGGAACUGUGAUUCUCGGCCCGGAUGAAGCUGUCGUCACUGGUGACAUUGAUCCAGCUUUCAACAUUGUUGAAGUCACUGAUGAAGCGAGGGCGGAACUUGCCAAGAUAGAAAAUCGUCUUGGACCUUACCAGUGUAAACUUUGUCGCCAGUUGCAUGAUGACGCUUUCCAACUGGCUCAGCACAGAUGUUCAAGAAUCGCUCAUGUUGAGUACAGAUGUCCAGAGUGCGACAAAAGAUUCUCGUGUCCUGCUAAUUUGGCAUCUCACAGAAGGUGGCACAAGCCGAGGGUUCCGAGUGGAGAAGUUGGAUUUUCAAAUUCUUUGGGGACUGGUAGUGUUGAAGUUGCUUGCACGAGAUGCGACGCUAAGUUUACGAGACAAGCUGCCUUGCGGAAACAUGUGGCUGCUCAACAUCCGGAAAUUGUCAAUAAUAAUGUUACGAUUAUUAAUAAUAAUAAUAAUAACACGAGUAAUGUCAACAAUAAUGAGAGCGGAUUGGGGGAGGUGGGGAAGUCUAUGAUCUGCAGUCCUGUGACACUUGGAAGCAGUACUUUAUCAGUCGAGAUGCCCUGA